UGCAUUGGGGUUGAUGAUCGGAUUUUCGUCUCGUUCUCUGUGUUGUUGUUCUCGGUGACGCGACGGAGGUGUAGCCUGACGCGAUCUCUUACGUGUCGGCCUGAAUAAAAGUGGAGCUCCGAGGGCUCGAGAGUGACGGAGGGAGUCUGUAUCGUUAACUCGAUGACCAUGGAGUCGGGAGCCGAUGCCCAGCAGGGUGCAGACACUGCGGUCUCUGAAACUGAGAACCAACAGAUCACACAGGCCCAAAUCGCCACUCUUGCACAGGUAACAAUGGCUGCCGGACACGCUAGUGCCACAGGACCCACAGUCACCCUGGUGCAGCUGCCCAAUGGUCAAACAGUACAGGUGCAUGGAGUGAUUCAGGCUGCUCAACCUUCAGUCAUUCAGUCUCCACAGGUGCAGACUGUCCAGAUUUCCACAGUAGCGGAGAGUGAGGACUCACAGGAGUCAGUGGACAGUGUGGCUGACUCUCAAAAACGAAGAGAGAUCCUUUCUAGACGCCCCUCAUAUAGAAAAAUCCUGAAUGACCUGUCAUCAGACGCUCCAGGAGUUCCGAGAAUCGAAGAGGAGAAAUCUGAGGAGGACGCUGCGCCUGCCAUCACUACAGUGACCGUGCCAACUCCAAUAUAUCAGACCAGCAGUGGCCAGUACAUCGCCAUUACACAGGGUGGAGCCAUUCAGCUUGCAAAUAAUGGUACAGAUGGAGUGCAGGGAUUGCAGACUCUAACCAUGACCAAUGCAGCAGCAGCCCAGCCGGGGACCACCAUCCUGCAGUACGCCCAGACCAGUGACGGUCAACAGAUACUGGUGCCCAGCAAUCAAGUGGUAGUACAAGCUGCUUCUGGAGAUGUUCAGGCCUAUCAAAUUCGUACUGCCCCAACUAGCACUAUUGCUCCAGGUGUGGUGAUGGCAUCCUCUCCGGCCCUGCCAAGCCAAGGAGGUGCUGAAGAGGCCACGCGCAAGAGGGAGGUCCGCCUCAUGAAGAACAGAGAGGCUGCUCGUGAGUGCCGUCGAAAGAAAAAGGAAUAUGUCAAGUGUCUGGAGAACCGUGUGGCCGUUUUGGAGAACCAGAACAAAACUCUCAUCGAGGAACUCAAAGCACUCAAAGACCUGUACUGUCACAAAUCAGAGUGAUGUACCACCCGUUCUACCUUCAUUCUGGCGGACUUAUGUGUACAGAGACUAAAGGACGAGUCAGCCAGACACGGACGCAUGUUUUCUAAAUGUUUUCUUAUUUUAAAUGGCUGCAGACUGCCUGUUUUAACACACAAGUACAUGAAGGAACACAAAUUUCCUCGAGAAAUAUUGGACCAUGUCAUAAAAGACAAAAAAAAAAUGCUGAAAACUUUACUGUGGACAUAAACACGCAAGUAUGUUCUCAGCCAUCUUCACUUCUGGACUCAAACCGAAACUCAAAUGAGGGGUUUGUGGGAAAAUGUUUACCUCUUUUUUUUCUCCAGUGUGCUGGUGUACAAGUCGUCAAGGAGAUACAAAUAAUGUACAAUAUUAAUAAUUUAACUGACAUUUCAGGUUUUUUGUCUUGGAGUUGGCAUCAUUCCCUCUUGAGGUUCGAAAGGUUUAACGUGUCUGACUGUUACUUUUAUUUGGUGUAUUAGUGCUCUAUUGUGUUUUUACCUUUAAAUAUGAACAAGCUAUAUAAAAUAAUUAAAGCAGAAUUUACAGAAUCUAUGCCAUUUAUGAACAGAAAUAUUGUGUAUUGUAUACAGAGCUACAAUAUAGCCUGUGUAUGUUUCGAUUUUGCCAUUGUGUUCAUUUUUAGAGGACAGAAAUGGACAUAAAUCAUUUAAUUUAAUAAAAUACUGCCUUUGCAGUAGCAACAGUUGCACAAACUCAAUAUAAAAAGGUAAUGUUAUUGCAGAUAUUUGGUCAAAUAUACCCCAGAAUUCACAUUACAAUGUCAGGAAAUAUUUUUCAGGUUACACAUUUCUUCACAAUUAUUUCGAUCAUAUUUGGCAGAUCACUUUUGAUGUUAUGCUUGUGUAUCAUAGAGCUAUAAUUGGAUGAAAUACAAUCCAAUACAUUCUAUCUCUGGCAUUAUAAACAAAAGCAUGUUUUAUAAAUAUUACAUAAGCUUUGUUAUUGUUAUAUGGUCGAUUUUUUUAUUUCAUUACUAACUGGGAGGCAGUGUCUUUGUAAUUGAUAAUGUGAUAACAUAAGUAAAGAAUACAUGUUAUCUAUUACAGCAUAUGCAUUUUUGGCAGCUAUUUCAUAUAUAUGUAUAGAUAUGUUAAAAGGUUUCAUUUUUCCUUUCACGUUCAGUUGCUUCUGAAAAUUCAAGAGAAAACUGAACAGUUGGUAACUUAAGUUUCAGUUUGCCUUCAUUGACGUAAGUUGUAUUUUGUUUACAAAGUUGACCCAAACUGUUUAAGGCUUUUAAAGUUCUUGAUGUAUAAUAUAUAUAUAUUUUUUUUAUCUGUCAAUUAUCUGACUUUCAAGAGUUGUUUUAAAGCAAAAAGGGUUCACAUUUUGGUUGUAGUAUGUCAUAUAUUUUGCACUGAGGACAGAAAGUUUUAAGAGAUGUUAGCAGCCAAAGAGACUUUUAAUUAAAAAUGCCCAUCAACAAUUCCAGCAUGUACUGAAGUGUACCCGUGUCAUCUGUUGGCAAGUGCAUCAUCUGCUGCUACUCUUUAACUUCGAACCGUCUGCCUGACGUGUCAUUUACGCAUUCAAGCGUGACAAAUUAGGGAAGCAAUCUUUCCUCAGCAGGCGCUCACGGUCCAGAUCUGCAGUCUAACUGCUUAUGCAACCUGAUUUCCCUCACAAAACCAAUUAUUUUCUGACAGAAGAAUCUGAAUUGGCCCAUCGAAGGACAAACUGACCUCAGCUUUCAGAGACAUGCAAAUUCUGUCUGUUUUCAGUGAUAGAAUCUUUAUUCAUUUUUCUGAACUGACAGUAACCUUUUCCCCCCUCUUGUAUGCAUCCUGUAUGCAAUGAGACUGAACUACUGCCAUGCUGGCCUAAGUGAACUCCGAAAGAUGCGACUAUGUGUAUUUGUUUUCAUGCAUACAAAAGACCAAUCAAUCUAAAGCAAUGUUUGAUCCCACUCAUUUUGGAUUAACACAUCAUGCACUUUUUGUACGAUAGCUUACAUCUUUUGGACACUAUGUACAGAACUGGUAGGAUUUUAUAGUGUUUCAAACGUUUAGAAGUGUAUUGUAUAUACCCUGUGAAUUGGCUUACAUUUUUAGAAGCUUUGCACUCUAUUACUGUCAAAACAAUUGUGUAUACUUGUUGUUGUACACCCACCUCCCUUUUGUACACAUGUAAAUCUUUAAUAAAAUACUAAUACUGCACAA